CUCUAAUUGGAACUGGCUAUCUCAGUAGGACCAAGCUCAUAGCGCUUCGAACCCCUGAGUAUGCGUCUUCAUUUAUCGGCAAAUUCGUGAGGGUGCUCCCUCCUCUCAGUGUUCGUUCUUAUUCGGGUUACCGCUGACGCCAUUAUUACCGCUGUCAGAUUCCGUUAUUUCACUCCAAAGCGUUUCCCCAGCGCGUGUGGCCGUCACGCAUCAGCGCCGUCCGCUGCAUGGCAUGGCCGCAUGACCUCAUCCACUCCCACCCCCGACCCUCCCGCUCCCACGCCAAGUCCACCCGCGUCUCACCCAUGCCACGUCAGUACGUGAGGACCUACCACGAGGCCCAGAGACCGCACCCCUCGCAGGGGUCUUCCGCCGUGCCUGUGACGGGCGGCGGCCGCGCCGCUGCAGCGGCCGCCCAGGGGGGCAGCGCGGAGCCCGCAAGGCCCGCGGCGGGCAAUCUGGAGAGCUUCGUUGCGCAUGUUACCCCGCACGUGAAACUGCAGUUCCUCCCCCAGGACUGGGACGAGCACCACAGCGACAGACGUCACCCCAAGCAGCCCCGCGCAGCGACCCCCGCGCCGUUCUUCGCGCUGAGCGACGUGUGGGACGCGCUGGAGGAGUGCAGCGCGUACAGUGCCGCCGUGCCGCUGCUCCUCCCCUCGGGCGCACCCGCCACGCAGCACUACGCGCCCUCCAUCUCCGGCCUCCAGCUCUUCUCCCGCCUCCCCGCCCCCUCUUCCCCCCACGCCCUGCGCCUGCACGCUCACAGCCCUCUGGAGCAGCAACCAAGCUUGGCUUCCUCUCUCCACUCCCCGCCGUCCCCCUGGGAGGGGUAUUUAGAGGAGGGCGGCAACGGCACGUGCGAGGGAACUGUGGACUCGUGGUGCUGCGACUGCAGCGGGGGCCAGCCGCUGCUGGAGUUCUUUGAGCGCGCCCCGCCCCACUCCCGCCCGCCGCUCUUCGCCAAGGUGGUGGAGUUGGAGAGGGACUGCGCGCUCCGCAGACGCACCUCCAGCUUCCAGCUGCAUCCGCGCAGCUGGAUGGCUAUAGCAUGGUACCCGGUGUACAGCAUCCCCAUGGGCCCCACCGCUCAGGACCUCGCAGCAUCCUUCCUCACCUUCCACAGCCUCUCCUCGCCUCUGCCCUCCUCCUCAGGAUCCUGCAGCAGGUGUAGAGAUAGGUUCUGGAUCGCCCCCUCGUCGCUUUCCCCCUCCCACCCCAUCAAGCAACUAAACCAGCUGCCCGGCCGGCUAUCCUCGGAUUAUUCAGCUGCCCGUGCAGGCGAGGGCAGGCCACGGGGUGCUCUCACUGCUGCUCUGGUGCCGUUUGGCUUUGCGGGGUACAAGACGUGGGGCACGGUGUGGUCGGACCGGGGCGCUGUGCAGGGCCUGGAGUCCGCAGCGGCGCAGUGGCUCCGACAGAUUGACGCCACCCUACCCGACCACGCCUUCUUUUCCAUGCAAAGAUAACAUGAAUAAUUGUGAUUUCUUUGU